AUGGCGUCCUUCUCCCUCCGCGUGCUUGUGCUGGUCACGGCGGCCCUGCCGUGCCCUGGCAGCGCCGUCGACCACGGGCUCGCGAGCGACCGCCGCCCUGGCGCCCCCGGCGCUGCGAGCGCCCGAGGUGCUGGCGCCGUCCGCGAGGCCAUGCUCGUGGAUACCGAGGGAGGCGUGCAUCCCCUGGAGCCGAAGGCCGCUGGCGCCGCGCUGCUGCGGCGGGAGGCCCCGACGAAGCUCGUGGACGUGCCCCUGCCGCAGGGCGUCCGGGGCGAGCAGGGCGACCGGGGCGCCGCGGGCGUGCAGGGCGACAGGGGCGCCGUGGGCGAGCGGGGCCCGCAGGGUGCCCCCGGCCCGGCCGGCGCGACGGGCCCGCGCGGCUACUCGGGCAGGGACGGCAAGGACGGCGAUCCAGCGCCCAAGCCGGCGCCCGUCAACUGCGUCUGGGAGGACUGGACGGCCUUUGGCCCUUGCGACAAGACGUGCGGCAAGCACGCGCGGAAGAGGAGGGACCGCAACGUGCUCGUCUUCCCCCAGUUCGGCGGAAAGAACUGCGACGGAGGUUCCUUCAUGUUUGCCGCGUGCGACGACACCGACUGUCCAGUCGUGCUCGUGAAUGUGUCAGCCAACGUGUCUGUUAAUGCGUCUUCCAAAAAGUCUGCCAAGGCGACUGCAAAUAAGUCCUUGGGCAACGCUUCCUCCAAGCUUUUCAAGACGGGUUCCAAGAAGGCCGCCGCCCUCUCCAAGCACAAGAAGCAGGUGGUGGCCAGUGCGUUACCCAAGACGAAGCACAUGAAAAAGGUGGUGAAGGAGGAUCAGGAGGACGACGUCGAAGGCGUGGCGGAAGACGAUGAGGAUGACGAGGGGACCAAGAAUGCCGCUGCUCACUCCAAGCACAAGAGGAAGAUGAUGGCCACUGCGUUGCCCAAAAAGAAGCACGAGAAGAAGUUUGUGAAGGAGGAUGAGGAGGACGACGUUGACGGCGCGGGGGAGGAUGACGAGGAGGUCGAGGGGGCCAAGAAGGCCAUCGCUCACUCUAAGCACAAGAAGGUGGUGGCCACUGCGUUGCCCAAGAGGAAACACAAGAGGAAGGUGGUUAAGGUGGACGAGGAGGACGACGUUGACGGCACGGUGGAUGAUGAUGAGGAGGUCGAGGGGAUCAAGAAGGCCGUCGCCCAUUCCAAACACAAGAAGGUGGUGGCCACUGCGAUGCCCAAGAGGAAGCACAAGAGGAAGGUGGUGAAGGAGGACGAGGAGGACUACGCCGACGACAUGGUACAGGAGGAAAAGGAGGACGACGUCGACGGCGGCUUUUGA